GGGACACGGAAGGGUUAUGGCUGCUCUGCAUCGCGGCUGUUCCGGUCGCUGAAGUGAGGAUUAAACAUUCGCCUUUUUGAACUCUGUCAGACUGGAUGUGAUAAUAAACCUCAGGUAAAUUUAGCAGCAAUUAGUCACAAGAAAGUGCUCUGCUGACUCUAAAUCGCGCUGCUGCGUCUGCCAACUGAUGCCAAAAGUGCGCGCAAAGGGCGACUGGUCUGUUUAAGCAUCCGAGAAAGCGCGGACCUUAAGCCGGUCUCCGCUGAGACAGAGAGAGAGAGAGAGAGAGAGAGAGAGAGUCGCUCCCGCACCUUUGUGGAAGAUAUCUAUUGGAAAAUGAGUCACUCUGUAACGAAAAGAGUUUGUUUUCAACUUUUGAUGAGAACACUUCAUGCGGCAUGAUAAAAAAAAUGAAACCAAGAAUGUCCAUAAUUACGCACGGGUUUACCGCGGUCUAAUACUUCACAUUCUGUGAUAUUUGUUUUUAAAAGCUGAGGACGUUAUUUUUGUUUCUAUCCAUACUUGGGGUGUGACCAACAGAAUAACGCCCGUUGGAUUGUCUGGAUGUAUGCACAAUGUUUGAUCACUUGUCCGCUGCACAAUCGGCGCGCUGUGGAUUUAUGUGGAUUGUGAUGCAUCGCAAUUUUUAGGAAAGUUUCUCUGCUUUGUGAAGGGAUCAGAAUAAAGCGAUGAUGAUAUUCUUUACUUUUUGGAUAUUGUUUCCUCUUCUGGAUGUGAUGCAUUUCUCAAAAGCCCACGAGGUCACACAGUCUCGUCCGGGUCGACUGGACUGCAUUAAAGCUCACGAGCAAUGUUUGGCCAAGUACGGCUGCAGCACCAAAUACCGUACAAUGAGACAAUGCGUGGCCGGAAGAGCGAGCAACUUCAGCAUGCUUGCUGAACCUGAGGCGCAGGAUGAAUGCCGGAAUGCAAUUGAGUCCAUGAAACAGAGCACCCUGUACAACUGCAAGUGCAGGAGAGGGAUGAAGAAGGAGAAGAACUGCCUGCGCAUCUUCUGGAGUAUCUACCAGAGUUUGCAGGGCAAUGAUUUGCUGGAGGACUCUCCAUACGAGCCGGUGAACAGCCGUCUGUCUGACAUAUUCCGCCUCGCUCCCAUCAUAUCAGGUGAAGCAGCCUUCACCAAGGACAACAACUGCCUGAGUGCGGCCAAGGCGUGCAACCUGAACGACACGUGCAAGAAGUACCGCUCGGCCUAUAUUGGCCCGUGCACCAACCGCGUCUCCACCACUGAGGUGUGCAACAAGCGCAAAUGCCACAAGGCGCUGCGCCAGUUCUUCGACAAGGUGCCUGCCAAGCACAGCUACGGCAUGCUCUUCUGCUCAUGCCCUGCCGGCGACCCCUCGGCCUGCUCCGAACGCCGCCGCCAGACCAUCGUGCCUGCGUGCUCAUACGACGACAAAGAGAAGCCCAACUGCUUGGCCCUGCAAGCAGCCUGCAAGACCAACUACAUCUGCAGAUCUCGCCUGGCCGACUUCUUCACCAACUGCCAGCCUGAGGCACGCUCCGUAUCUGGCUGUCUGAAAGAGAGCUAUGCCGAUUGCCUGCUGGCUUACUCCGGCCUUAUAGGCACCGUGAUGACCCCAAACUACCUGCGCGCGCCAGGCCUCAGUGUCGCCCCCUGGUGUGACUGCAGCAGCAGUGGCAACGGCAAGCCUGAGUGUGACAAAUUCCUGGAGCUGUUCACCAACAACCGCUGCCUCCGAAACGCAAUCCAGGCUUUUGGUAACGGCACAGAUGUUGGGGUGUGGCAGCCCCAGCCUCCCAUGUCUCCGACUCAACCCCAGCCUAACACCCCGCACAGAGGACGGGACAGGGCGUCUAAUGCACUGGAUGACCCCGUCCUCUCCAACGCCCUGGACACCAACGACGACCCCAUCUACAGCUUCUGUGGAAGCCUGCAGGCACAGAAACUAAAGACAAACGCCACGUCAGAUGUUCUGUGUGUGGACCCUCCUCUGGCCAACCCCAGCAGCUUCAACGCCAUCGCAGGGGGCUCGGGCCGCACGGACGUCCCCGGGGAGGUCCACGGGCUGCUGCUGGGGGUCCUCUGCGCUCUGCGGCUCCUGCCUCCCGGGGCGCCACUGCUGUAGCGACCCGAGAGGCCGCGGACAACCCCUGCCCCAUACCCACCGCUCCGCCGUGUUCCUCACCGUCCUGCAAGCCACGCUGUGCGAGGUGUGACGUCUACGUGUGCUAAAGCCGCUUUCCCUUUAUGACUGAUGGGGGAUCAGGGGUGAGGGAGAUGGAGUUACUGAAAUGGAAGUGGAAGGACGUUACCUGGAGGAGCUUUUCAUCCAAAGUUCCCAGUAUUGCGUAAGGAUGGCUUUCCACUUUAUCCUUCAGACGGACUAUUGAAAAGAAGUUACGGAAGAAACCGUGUUCGCAAAACGUGUUGGGAUGCCCCUCCACUGAGUACUUUCCAGCUAUUGGGAACAGGCACCACCAUUUUCAUUUCCGUAUUUGGUGGUAUCAGAGAAGCGCUCAUAAACUCAUGUGUUCAUCCGUCCUUACUGGAAUCAGAGUCCCACCACUCAGAAAAGCUCCUGCCAACUAAUGUAGUUCACUGGCUCUUUGAAGAGGAGCAGGCAUCACCCGCCCUGGCUGGCUCAAGCAUGGCCUGACACACACACACACACACACACACACACACACACACACACCUCUGGGUAAAAAGGCGAGCACCCAGCACAAGAAAGACAGACAGACAGACAAGCCUUCUGAAACCUGCAGAGCUCUCUUACCAUUACGGACUCUCUCAAAAAUCAUUACGUGAUACUCAAGGGUCAUUUUCUUAUAGUGGAUUGUUUAGCACCACUUUUUUGAGGAGGGGUGAAAUCCAUUAUGGCUAAUUACCUGUAAAAUUCCAUCCUUUGUUUAUGAUGCUUACUUUAAUCACAAAUUUAGUACAUCUACGCCAUAUCACCACUGCUGCGUGAGAUAUAUUGUUUCAACAGUGUACAUGAGUGUUGAACUGCAGAAAAGCAUACAAAAGGUUGAUCAAUCUAGUGUACUCAUAUGUAAAAUGUGUUGUAGAAUAAGUGAAUAUGGUUUCUCUCUUAUAUAAGGUGCUCUAAAGGCAUUUCGGCAUUGUUGUGGUAACUCACUGUUAAAAAAAAAUGAAUAAACGUUUAAAGGGGCUAUAAGCAAUGCAAA